AUGUUGCAGCCAGCUUAUCUGUUCAUUGACUGUUCACAGCGCAGCCGCGCGCACGCGCGCGUGGACGGGCCGGCUAAUAUGGUAGACAGGAGGUUGGAUCUGCGCAUCCCACCAGGUUCGGCUUAUGUGCAGGCCCGGAUUUGUGGUUCUCUUUCUGCUUCUCCCGCCUCUCCGUCUCUCUGCUCCACAAUGGUGAAGGUUCGCGCGUACGAGUUGCGGGGGAAAUCCCAGAAGGAGCUGGUGAAGCAACUGGAGGACUUGAAGAAGGAGCUCGCUCAGCUCCGCGUUGCCAAGGUGACUGGAGGCGCGGCCUCUAAGUUGUCCAAGGUGACGGAAGUCCGCAAGGGCAUCGCUCGUGUCCUCACUGUCUACACCCAGAAGCAGAAGGAGGAGGCGCGAGCCGCCUUCAAGGGCAAGAAGUUCCUUCCGAACGACCUCCGCAAGAAGAAGACCAGAGCCAUCCGGCGCCGCAUGACUGUCUCCCAAACCAGGAAGAUGACCGUCAGAAAGAUGAAGCGGACUCAGAAUGUCCCCAAGAGAAAGUUCGCCCUGAUCGCCUAA